GAAGGCUGAAGACUCUGAAAUAAUAGGGGAGAAAAAGGAGUCACCUUUGAAAGAUAAUCUUUCACCAUGGGAAGAAUGGUUCAUUGGCAAAGAGAAGGAACUACGUGCCCGCUUACAAGCUAGAGCUGCAGAGGAAAUGAAUAUUCAGCUUGAGAAGAUGAAGCAAAAGCAAGAAUGUGAAAGGAGGAAGAGGAUAGCUGAAGAGAAGCACAAGGAAUGGGUACAAAAAAAAAGAGAAGAGGAAAGAAGGGAAAGGGAACGAAAGCUGACCAAAGAAAUGGCAGAAAAAGCCACAAGGGAACUAGAAAAAAUGCAAUUACAAGAAAAGUCCCAAGAAAAGUAUAAUGAAUGGUUAAAGAAGAAGAGAGCUGAAGAGGCAGAGAAGAAGAAGAAAGAGAAGGAGAAAGAAAAAGAAAGGGAAGCUGAGCUACAGGAGAAGAAAGCAAGAUCAGAGAAGAUCUUUAAGGAAUGGCUACAUAAUGCUAGAAAUAAACCACGCCCUGUUUUAUAUGGUUAUGGCUUCCCACGUGGGAAGUCUGCAGGGUGUGCUGAUGGACAUUUGUAUCCAGCUCCAGCAUAUUGUAACCCCAUUCCUUGGAAACCUGUACAUGUGCCUCCUCCAAAGGAAGACAAUGUUCUUACCGUGAAGAAGAAGAGUAAGAGACCUGUAUCUUGUCAGUCACGUGUGUCUUCGCCUAUGGUAAUUUAUAAGCCCAAGGACAACCUUUGUGUUGGGUCCUUGUGCAGAAAGCAGCUGUAG